AUGAUCGACCCCGGUAUCCUCAGGCCCAACCCGCGGAACGUCGCUCUGGAGUCCCUGCAAACGCUGCUGAAGCUCGCGGACAACAUCCUCGCGGAGCCGGAGAACGCCAAGUACCAGCGGUUCAAGUCGACGAACGCGACGAUCAAGCGGACGCUCAUCGACCCCAAGGGCACGCUCGAGUACGCGCGCGCGAUGGGCUUCGCCCCUGAGGUGGAGAAGUUCCAGCCGUUCUACGUGUGGAACAAGCGGCACGCGGAAGACCUGGAGAUCGGCGCAGCCAUCAUCAAGGAGGCUCUCGAGCGCGAGACGGUGAAGGAGGAGCAGACGCUGCGCAGGCGGGUCGAGGAGAAAGCGGCGCACGAGGCCGCCGUCGAACAGGUGAAGAAGGCGUUCUACGACGACCGCAAGGGCCGGUCCAUCCUCGACGAGCGACAGCGGACCGCGCGGGCGGCAGCAGAGGCACGGAGAGCGGCGGGACUGUCGCCUGAGCCGCAGCCCGCCGCCCUGUCGCCUCACCGCACGCGCAAGAUGCCGGGCACGGGGCAGACGCUGUCGGGAGAAGCCCCGAAGGACGACGAUGCGGCGGGAAUGCGAAUGCAUGACGAAGAGGAUGAGGAUGAGGAAGAAGACGAGGAGUAG